AUGCCCGCCCGAUGGGCCCUGGCCGCCGCCCCGGCGGCGCUCGCCGCAGCCCGCGGAGCGGCACCGCAGCCUCGGGCGGCGCCGGGCGCGUGCGCCGCGGCGAGCCUCCCCGCCCCACCACGCGGCGGCGGCGAGCACCUGCUGCUGCAGCGCCCCCCGCGGGGCGGCUCGUUGCUGGCGCGCCUCGCGGGGGGCGCCCGCGGGGGGGCCGCCGCGUGCGAGGACGCGCCGCCCCCGCAGUGGGAGCUCCCGUGCGCCUCGUACGGGUACUUGUGCGCGGACGGCGAGUGGGGGGGUCAGGUCCAAUCGUACUGCCCGGUGACAUGCGGCACGUGUCCGGCGACGGCAGCGAUAGGAACGACGUGCGAGGACGCACCGCCCGCGCAGUGGGAGUUCCCGUGCUCCUCGUACGAGCAUUUGUGCGCGGAUGGUCAAUGGGGGGGCCAGGUCCGGUCUCAUUGCCCGUUGACCUGCGGCACCUGCCCAGAGACGGCAGCGACAAGAAACGGCAGUUCGGUGACGGCAGCGCCAGGGCUGGCGUGCGCGGACGCGCCACCAGAAACGUGGACGCAGCCUUGCAGUUUCUACGCGAGUUUUUGCAGCAACCCUGGCUAUGAGGCUCUGAUGGCCACGCACUGCCGCCAGACGUGCGGCUUGUGCGGCGGCGCCAGCGGGGCUGUUGCGCGGCCGAACCAGACCAUUGGCAGCACUGGCCGCUGCAAGGCCCUGUCCGACAAUUCCAACAAACUGGCACAGUCCCUGCACGUGGUGCUUGUGCCGUCAGGCUUCGGCGGUGACUUGGCCGCUUUCGAGCGCGCGGCGCGCAAGAUGUACCAAGUCUUCUCCAGCUACAGGCCCUUCGAUGCGGACAAAGUCGAUGCGUUACAGGUCUGGUACGUGGACGCCGAGCUUGACGAGAGCACCGAGCUGUGCGUCUUCGGCGACGAUGCCAAUGGCUCGAUCCCGGGCUGCGCGGCGGUGGACCGCCUCCUUUGCUGCCCUGGUAAGGACAGGCUUGUGGAACAUGCUGAACGCCACUGCGGGUCUGGCCUGGUCAUGAACACCCUCAUCGUGCACAACGACGCGAGGUACGGCGGCGCUGGGUUUCCCUGGACAGCUGCAGCUUCCGUAUCUGUGAACGAAAGUUCUGCACAGAUCGCCAUUCACGAGCUGGGGCACUCUCUCUUUGGGCUGGGUGACGAGUACACGGUCGGAUGGGGCAACGCCGAUGAAGAUCCGAAUUGCGACAGAUCUGGCUGCUCGAAGUGGUCAGAUCUGAUCGGGAAGUGGGGCGUCGGGUGCAAGCCAGGGAAAUGCGGCGACGGCGCCUGGUACUGUGCAGAGGAGACCAUGAUGGCAAGUUUCAGCUGGAAGUUCGGCGAAGUCAACGAGCGCAUCUCCUGCUGCAAGUACUUCUACCACACCGGGAGCAUUCCUAGGUAUUGCCAGAAGUUCAAUGAGGACGGGCUCGACCUCACCUCGUAUUGCAACGGCACGCUGUGGCACGGAAGGUACACGAACUUGGGGACCGACGUGACUUUGCUGCAGGGGAACGGCUCCUCAUCCAGGCCACUGGGCGAGCCCGGGUCCGACCUGCAGGGCACGCCCUACGUCCAGGUGGCCAGCCCCGUGGCGUGGACGCUGCGGGCGCUGCCUCCCCGUUCAGAGGCAGAGCUGGACGGCGAGCAGUGGGAGUGCGUGCGGAGCGAAGAGCCGGUGCCGGACGGGCUGUACCUCCGCGAGACGGUGGAAGGCGACCUCGCCGGUGCCCGCGAUCAUGGGCGGCUGGGCGGCCACGGCACGGUGGUCGUGGAGGUGCUGGGCAGCGGGUCUCGCCAGGUGGACCGCACGAUCACGCUCACGGUGGACAGACAGGUGGAGGUGCCCUUCCCCGUGAGCGGCGGUGGCGACGAGGACCAGCAACCCGUCGUCUACGAGCGGCGGGGCUCGAUGCGGGUGGUGCUCCGCUCCGGGGAGGGCUGCCGCGUGCGGCCCUCUGCGCAGGGAGGUAGCGCCGCCGCGGCCGAGUGA